AUGGAUCCGUUUUAUCGCGACGCGACGCCGAGCCGCGGGGUGGCCGAACGCGCGCGGAAUUUCCCCCAGGAACUCCGCGCGCUCGAACAACGCGAGCGGCAUCUGUUGUCGCUGUUCGGUGAAGCGCAAGUCGAGUGCACUGGCCACGGCGCGUGCGACUACGGCGCCGGGCAGUGCUACUGCGCGUCGAGGUAUUUCGGCACCGCGUGCGAGUACACGUUUUGUAAAAACGACUGCGCCGGGCACGGGCGGUGU